AUGUCCCACCAGAGCGGCAUCACUUGCAAGUACACCCUCGAUUGCGGUGACGAACUGCUCUCGGCUUUCGGAAAGGCGCUGCAGUCGGCAGACCAAAGGGCCCUGAAAGUCAUCAUAGAUCGCGAGAACGCCACUGUUGCAGAGGAGCUGCCUACACAGGGCUCGUGGGAGGAUGAUCUGAGUAAAGUGAACGCCUGGUUCGAACCCGCCGAACCCGCUUUCGUCCUCUUCCGGCUGGACUCCAAAACCCCUGCUGGAUCAUAUGAAUGGAUUUUGCUGCAAUACGUGCCAGACCAUGCAAAGGUUCGGGAUAAGAUGCUGUACGCUUCGACGAAAGCCACAUUAUUGAAGGAGCUCGGGGACGCCAAUUUCGUCGACUCGCUAUAUGGCACAUUGCCCGCUGAACUGUCACUGGAAGGGUAUCGCAAGCAUGUGCUGCAUAAAGACGCGGAAGCACCUUUGACGGAGCGCGAGAUAGAGAUGCAGGCCGUAAAGGCAGCUGAGUAUAGCGCCGAAAUCGGAACGACCACGAGACGGUCUCAUGCGCAGGGAGUCUCAUUUGCGUUCGCGGAUGAAGCAAGGAAGUCCCUUUCUGACUUGGCGAGUGGAUCGGUUAACAUCGUCGUCCUGGCGGUGAAUGUAGCGGAAGAGAGGGUAGAUCUGUCCAAUGCCAGUACCGGAAGUUUCGGCGACCUGACUCGGUUGGUUGAGGCGAACACUCCGCGGUUCUUGUUCUACAAGCCGGACGCAGGGAAUUCAGCAUUCAUCUACAUCUGCCCGCCUUCGUCGAAAGUGAAGGAACGCAUGCUCUAUUCAUCGUCACGGGCAAGUGUCCUGUUGGCCGCUGAAGAGCAAGGUUUCACCGUCUCGAAGAAGUUCGAAGUGAGCUCCAUUGAUGAAGUGACCGAAGCCGAACUGAAAGACGAGCAAGAGACUGCGGCAAGUACGCCAGACUCGGUGCGCAAGACGUUCGCCCGGCCUUUGAGACCAGGUCGAGGACCUGCGCGUGUAUCUCGGCCGGGGACACCUUCGUCGAUAAAUAGCCUUGAGCAACAAUAGAUAAAUGCACAUUCCGCUGCACUUUUAUAUAGUAAUUCGAAAACAAGUUCAUUACUGAUUGUGAUUGCUAUUGCAAUUCACUUAUGUACAUCAAGACAGGCUUUUGGCAGCUUCCAAAAAG